AUGCAUCCCACUCGCUUGAACUCUUGUGUGUUCCAGGCAGAUUACCAACAUGUCAGUGCUCUAAGCAAACGUCUGAUAGAUGGAAUAUUCUCACAAACCAGCCACGUGGUGCUCAAUGGCGAUCCAGAAUCACGGUACCCUGGCUGUGUUAAUCUCAGUUUUUCCUGUGUCGAAGGCGAGAGUCUCCUCAUGGCGUUGAAGAAGAUUGCGCUUUCCUCGGGCAGUGCUUGUACAUCCGCUUCCCUGGAACCUUCGUACGUGUUACGAGCGAUCGGAACCGAAGAAGAUCUGGCACAUUCAAGCAUCCGUUUUGGUAUCGGACGUUUCACAACAGAAGAGGAAGUUGACUUUACCAUCGAGCAGGUGGUACUUCACGUUCAACGACUUCGUGAGAUGAGGUAA